AUAGAGGCAUUAAUUUUAAACAUAAUGUGAACGCAAAUCUGUCCAGGGUAAGUAACACCCGAUAAAGAAGCUCUCCGUUGCGAUAUCGGGUGUAACAUUCAAAUAUGCGAACGUGAGCCAAAUGGGUGUUACUUACCUCCAUGCCGCCCGGGCGUCUAUUGGGAAUGCAGCCUUGAAUUGGGACUUUUCUCCGCAACCGAUCGGUUGAAGGUAUUCGCUCCGCGGUCGGUUCUGCUCUCGGUAGGAAACCCUUGCGGUUAUCAGUGUUGGAAACGGUGCCUCAAGUUCAAAGUAGACACAUUUCACAGUCAUCACUCAUUUGUCAUUGUCUCCAGGCCUGCGCUUUGCGCUGCGCUUGGCUUGGUCGCAAUGCAAUUGGUUUUUGAUUGUGUGUGUCGUGUCUUGUCUCUGGAUAUUUUAGAAUAAUAAUUUUUCCACGAUGGAAAGUAUCCUGAAAGAAUAAACCAAUUUAUAUCAACUUUUUACCCAAGUAUUAUACUUUAUACCUCUCUUUAUAAGUUAUACAUUCUUUAUACAUUACAAGACACAAAUAGCGAUAAAAUACACAUAAAAUGGAGAUUCCCCGGACACAUGAAGAUAUUGAAUCCCAAAUCAGAGAUAUUCAAAGUAAAAGGAAAGAGAUACCAGUGGAAAAUGAAAAUGGUGUAGGCCUAGGAGAAAGUGGUGUCUUUGACAGUGAAAUAUAUGAUGGCCAAGAUAAAAAGUAUGAGGGCUAUGUUACUUCCAUUGCAGCAAAUGAUGAAGUCGAUGAAGAUGAAGAGGAUGUUGGAUAUUCUGCUCAAAAACGUACUGGAUUGGGAGCCCCUGUUGCUUUGUUGAAUGAUAUAGCACAAAGUGAUAAAGAUUAUGACCCAUUUGCUGAUCGAAGACGCCCUACCAUUGCUGACAGGGAAGAUGAAUACAGGCAAAAGAGGAGAAGGAUGAUCAUUUCUCCAGAACGUAUCGAUCCUUUUGCUGAUGGUGGUAAAACUCCAGAAGUUAAUGCCAGAGGAUACCAGCAGAUUAUGAAAGAAACACUUCUUAAAGGCGAAGAAAAUGAAAUAAGAAAAAAAAUUGUUGAAAAGGCAAAGGAGGGAACGUUGAAGGUUCAAAACGGUGAUUCGAAAGUGGCACCCAAGAAACGAGGCCGAUGGGAUCAAACAGUAGAAGAAUCAUUUGUGCCAGCUAAGAAGAAAACUUUGUCAGUCUCGACACCAAGUACAGCAGCUACACCAGUUUGGGAAGGGGAUAAAACGCCAGCUGACAUUCGCUGGGACGAAACUCCAGGUCACAAGGGCAGUGAAACUCCUGGGGCUACCCCAGGUCAAUCCACUCGGAUGUGGGAUGCUACUCCCGGUGCAGCCACACCUGGUAGAGAAACUCCAGGUCACGACAAAAUGUCAUCAAGAAGAAAUCGUUGGGAUGAAACUCCCAAAACGGAACGGGAGACUCCAGGGCACUCUAGUGGCUGGGCUGAGACUCCAAGGACUGACCGUACUGGAGCAGAUCUCAUUCAGGAGACACCAACACCAGGUGCAUCUAAACGUAAAUCUAGAUGGGAUGAAACUCCUUCCCUUGCUACGCCAUCUAAUUCAGUAAUGACUCCAGGAGCAAUGACCCCACAAACUCCUCAUGGGACUCCUGGACAUGUAACCCCAAUGCUAACACCAGGAGGAUCGACACCUGUGGGUCCCAAAGCUAUGGCGAUGGCUACUCCUACACCAGGUCACUUAGCUUCAAUGACACCAGAGCAACUCCAAGCCUUUAGAUGGGAGAGAGAAAUUGAUGAAAGAAACAGACCCUACUCAGAAGACGAACUUGAAUCCAUGUUUCCACCAGGAUACAAAGUCUUACCACCUCCGGCGGGCUACAUUCCAAUUAGAACUCCUGCAAGAAAAUUGACCGCUACCCCGACACCCAUGGUAGGCCAAACUCCAGUGGGAUUUUUCAUCCAGACCGAAGAUAAAUCUGCCAAAUAUGUGGAUAAUCAGCCCAAGGGACAAAAUUUGCCUUUCAUGAAGCCUGAGGAUGCCCAGUAUUUCGAUAAACUGUUGGUGGAUGUUGAUGAGGAAGCCCUGAGUCCCGAGGAACAGAAAGAGCGCAAGAUAAUGAAACUUUUACUAAAAAUUAAAAAUGGAACUCCACCCAUGCGUAAGGCAGCCUUAAGACAAAUUACAGAUAAGGCCCGGGAAUUUGGUGCUGGUCCAUUGUUCAAUCAAAUAUUGCCUUUGCUAAUGAGCCCAACUCUGGAAGAUCAAGAACGGCAUUUAUUAGUCAAAGUUAUUGACAGAAUUCUGUAUAAGCUGGACGAUUUGGUACGCCCCUAUGUACACAAGAUUCUUGUAGUUAUUGAACCAUUGCUUAUUGAUGAAGAUUAUUAUGCUCGUGUAGAAGGACGAGAAAUUAUUUCGAAUUUGGCCAAAGCUGCAGGUUUAGCUACUAUGAUUUCCACCAUGAGACCCGACAUAGACAACAUUGACGAAUAUGUAAGAAAUACAACAGCCAGAGCCUUUGCUGUUGUUGCAUCUGCUUUGGGUAUUCCAUCGCUGUUGCCCUUCUUGAAAGCAGUUUGUCGGUCCAAGAAAUCAUGGCAAGCGAGGCAUACUGGUAUUAAAAUUGUGCAACAGAUUGCCAUUCUGAUGGGUUGUGCCAUCCUGCCCCAUCUAAAAUCACUAGUAGACAUUAUUGAGCAUGGUUUGGUUGAUGAGCAGCAGAAGGUAAGGACUAUCACUGCUUUGGGUAUUGCCGCCCUGGCUGAAGCUGCAACUCCUUAUGGUAUAGAAAGUUUUGAUUCCGUAUUGAAACCAUUGUGGAAAGGUAUAAGAACACAUCGUGGUAAAGGUUUGGCUGCCUUUUUAAAGGCCAUUGGUUACUUGAUUCCCCUUAUGGACGCCGAAUAUGCUAAUUACUAUACCAGAGAAGUAAUGUUGAUUCUAAUUAGAGAGUUCCAGUCUCCAGAUGAGGAAAUGAAAAAAAUUGUAUUGAAAGUUGUGAAGCAGUGUUGUUCGACUGAUGGUGUGGAGCCGCAAUAUAUCAAAGAAGAAAUUUUACCUCAGUUCUUUAAACAUUUUUGGAACCACAGAAUGGCCCUAGAUAGGCGUAAUUACAGGCAAUUGGUAGACACCACCGUUGAGAUAGCUAACAAAGUGGGAGCUUCUGAAAUUGUCAAUAGAAUUGUGGAUGACCUCAAAGAUGAGAAUGAAGCCUACAGGAAAAUGGUGAUGGAAAGUAUUGAGAAAAUCAUGGGCAAUUUGGGGGCAGCAGAUAUUGAUUCUCGGUUGGAAGAACAGCUUAUUGACGGUAUCCUAUAUGCUUUCCAAGAACAAACUACCGAAGAUGUUGUCAUGCUCAAUGGUUUUGGAACUAUUGUUAACCAGCUAGGUAAAAGAGUUAAACCAUAUCUUCCACAGAUUUGUGGUACAAUCCUUUGGAGGUUAAAUAACAAAUCUGCCAAAGUUCGUCAACAGGCAGCUGAUUUAAUUUCUAGAAUUGCAGUAGUAAUGAAAACUUGCCAAGAAGAAAAACUUAUGGGUCACUUGGGAGUUGUACUGUAUGAAUAUUUGGGGGAAGAAUAUCCAGAAGUGUUGGGCUCUAUCCUCGGUGCUCUCAAAGCUAUUGUAAAUGUCAUAGGCAUGACAAAAAUGACUCCCCCAAUCAAGGACUUGCUACCACGUCUAACACCAAUCCUCAAAAAUCGUCACGAAAAAGUCCAAGAAAACUGCAUUGAUCUGGUCGGCCGAAUUGCUGAUAGAGGUCCUGAAUACGUCUCGGCCAGAGAAUGGAUGAGAAUAUGCUUUGAACUUCUUGAGCUCCUCAAGGCGCAUAAAAAGGCGAUUCGUAGAGCCACAGUGAAUACUUUUGGGUAUAUCGCCAAAGCUAUUGGUCCGCAUGACGUGCUAGCUACGUUAUUGAAUAAUCUGAAGGUUCAAGAACGCCAGAACAGAGUGUGUACUACUGUCGCCAUUGCUAUUGUUGCUGAGACUUGUUCUCCAUUCACAGUACUACCAGCUUUAAUGAACGAGUAUAGAGUUCCGGAAUUGAAUGUGCAGAAUGGAGUGUUGAAAUCGUUAUCAUUCCUGUUCGAAUAUAUUGGAGAGAUGGGUAAAGACUAUAUCUACGCUGUAGCUCCUCUUCUUGAAGAUGCUUUAAUGGACAGAGAUUUAGUACACAGACAAACAGCAUGUGCGGCUAUAAAACACAUGUCUCUGGGAGUAUAUGGUUUUGGAUGUGAAGAUGCUUUAAUUCAUCUUCUCAAUUAUGUUUGGCCCAAUAUAUUCGAAACAUCACCGCAUCUGGUUCAAGCAUUCAUGGAUGCUAUCGAGGGCAUGAGAGUUGCACUUGGACCUAUCAAAAUAUUGCAAUACACAUUACAGGGCUUGUUCCAUCCAGCCAGGAAAGUAAGAGAUGUCUACUGGAAAAUUUACAAUUCUCUUUAUAUAGGUGGUCAAGACGCCUUGGUAGCUGGGUACCCAAGAAUAGCUAAUGAUCCCAAAAAUCAAUAUGUUAGAUAUGAAUUAGAUUAUAUUUUAUAAUCGCAAACUGCUCUAUACAUAAUAUUCUUUAUUUUGUUUUUAUUUUUAAACUAAUAUCCAACAUUUUAAAUUUGAAUUGCGUCCAGUCCAAUGUCCUGCCUAAUUAAUGGAGCUUUCUGGUCUACGCAAAUGAGUAUACAGGGUGUAUCAGGUUUCAGCACAAAUAUUUUAACAUGAAAAUGUGAUAAUAACAAGAGUCUGGGGAACAGACAGACGGAGCUUCAUUGGUAUUUUAAAUGAAAACAGAGCUAAUACAAACUAACCAGCCCUCUUAAUAAUUUUUAAAAGAAACAAAAAUCCUAAGAAAAAAACAAAACUUGAAAAAAAAAAAAUGAAUUGCCUUCAACGAGACUCAAACCCAGGUACAUUUGCUCUAAAAACAGUGUGUAUGUGCGUAUCCUCACUGGGCCACACCAUGCCUCUGGAAGUAAUCGUAGAAAUCGAAGUAAUAAAGUGCGCAAAACAUUACCUUCUAUAAACUAUAACAAUUAAUUUGGCAACGGAGGGCAUUUUAGCCGAUCCUAAACGAACCCAUUAAGAUCAGUGCAACAUAAUUAAAUGUGAUUAUUUUUUUUAGAUCACAUAAUAAUUAAAGGCCUUUUUCUUAAAAAUGGUUGAGUGUUGACCCCAUCUUGUAUAAACUUUUUUUGUUCAAAAUUGGCCAUAUUUUCAUGUGUUGAAAUCUUUGUAGUCCAACCUGAUAGACCUUCGGCUAUGAGUUUUGAUAUUAUUAUUAUGUAUCUUUUGGACAUAUAUCGGUUUAUAUAUAUAUAUUUUUUUUCGAUUACAAAACUAUAGACGCAAUUUAAGUUCAACUAAUGGAGUUGGCAGGUUUGUAAGUCAAGUCUCACUUUUUUCUUUCCAUUGUCAGUUAUUAUUUAUUGUUUGGUUUUAGCAAUUUUUUAAAUCUCAAACUGCUUUAUACAUAAUAGCCUUUGUUUUAUUUUGUUUUUUUAUACUGAUAAUAAUAAUAAUGUAAUAUAAUCCAGCAUUUUAAAUUUAAAUUGCGUCCAGUCCAAUGUCCUGCCUAAUGAAUGAAGCUUCAUGCCAGUAGUUGGUUUCUAUUUUUGUUUUCCGAUUACAAGACUAUAGACGCAAUUUAAGUUUAACUAUUGGAGUCGGCAGGUGUGUAAAUUUCUUUUUCCAUUGUCAGUUGUUAUUUAUUAUUUGAUUUUAGAUUUUUUUUUAGCUAUUGCCUCUUCUUGUUCUUAUCUAUUUUUUGUUUGUAUUUUUUUGUGUGUAAAUUCUAUGAUAUACAUGGUAGGCUUGUAAGGUACCCAAAAUAGAAAUAUAAAUAAACAAAAUACAAAGAGGAUAAUUAA